UUAAGAAAACUAGCUCACAAGCAACAAGUACAGCUACAAAGAUGAUCUUACAGUACUGGAUACCUGGAUUAAUCUUAAUGGUCACAGCACUGGUGCAAGGACAAUCACAGUACGAGGUGCAAGUUGGACCACCUGUCACAUUUACCUACAGAGAGGGACUAUCGGAUAGGAAUGUUUCAUAUGAGAACACACUAGCUGAUGGCAGCUGUUGCUCACGUAGUGAAGGAAAUACAUCUUGUUCCACUGCUUGUGAGAAUCGUAUCUUUCUCUGUUUCCGAGAGGCUCAACAUUUAGUGAAUGACACCAACAUAGCUGUCUGUCCUCUGGGAGAUAUGACCUUCACUCCUUCUGUAAUGGAUACAGGCAUCAUUACAUUCAAUUCUACAAUUUCAGCAACUACCACUACAUAUCCAGGAAGCUUCCAACUCUACUAUCGAAUUAUUGCACUAUCAAGGGGGGCACAAGAGGUUGAGAGUGGACGACGAACACUGACCCAGCCAAUACAAGACAGAACAUCUACUCUGACUGGUAGCAGUCAAAUUGGUAUUGGUGUUGUCAGGACACAACUAUUUAUAAACGGAGGACUACGAGUGGUGUGCAGAGAAGGUUACUUUGGUCCUGACUGUGGUUGCAGCCCACAAAACGACUCCACCGGACACUUCACCUGUCACAUUAAUGGUACCAAGGUGUGUCUCCCUGGUUACCAGAACCCUGAGAUCAACUGCACGGAAGAAGCACUAAUUACACCUGAAACUUCCCAGCCGACACCACACACUAUACAGCACACUACUUUUAUAACAGAGGCAAUGACUACUACAGGCAUAACAAAUACUUUACCCACAAUCAUGACAACUACGACUAUUGAUGAACCAACAGCUACAAUACCGCCUAACAUAAUGCAGACGAGCUCUACAAAUGAGCCUGCAAACGCAAUAAGCUCACUACAGCCGAGUUCAACUAGUGCUACAACAAACGCAGGUACUACUACGGAUGUUUUGCCGAUAGCAAUAGGCGGGGCAGUGGGUGGCCUGGUUGUGGUGGUGAUAAUCAUAUUAAUCACAAUUUUGCUGGUCCUCAAAACUAAGAGAAAGAAAAAGAGCGAAGAAGAUGGGUCUGCAACGGAGGAGCACAUCACUAUGGGGGCAAAUCCCGUGUACGAGAUGGGGGGAGGUGGACACAGCGGACCUGAGAACAAUAUUGACUAUGAGAUAGUACGAUGACUACCCAAACAUACUCUGUGCAAUAGCUUUAGAUCUAUAGAAAAAGUAGCUUACACUACUUGCUUGUGAUCUGUUUACUGAAAUGAACCAUCUGUAUGUAUAUACUUCAUGGAUAAAUUAA